AUGUUCGCUCCGGUGGCCAAGUUUGCGUCGAUAUGGAUCAUUUUGAGCACCGCCGCGCGAAAUAACCUCGUGCUGCACCGGGUGGAUGUCAAGACGGCAUUUCCCAAUGUUCUGCUUGAAGAAGAGAUCUCAUUGAAGCAUCUUGAUAUAUUAAGUCAUGCCAAUAAUAAAAAUUACCACGUGUCUAAGCUUAAGCGUGUGCUGGACGGACUCAAGCAGUCGCCACACAUGUGGAAUCAUAUCAGCGAGUUCAUGCACAAGACAGGCUUAAAAAGUGCGAGAUGA